AUGUGGAAAGCCCAAACACUGACACUAAGUCAUUGCCUGCUUUGGAGACCGGAGUACGAGCGUUUGCCUGAGCUUACCGUCCUAACAUUAUUCUUGGCCCAGGAAAGGAAACCAAACAACGCUGGAAAUUCGAAUUGGAUGGCUUCGGGCUCAAAAAUUGGUGGAAAGUCAAUCUUCAAACGCGCCGAUAGAUUUCCUCCUCAAAAUGCAGAAAGGGCCGAGCAGAUUGAGAUGGAAAUUUACAGACGUUUCGAGUUAGCCAAAGAGUUGCCGAAUUCUGAAUGUUUCGAGUUAGCCAAAGAGUAA